ACCAGAGAAAUACAAGAUAAGAGAGACAUGCAGAGAAAUUGAAGUGAAGAAAGGCACAAAGGUCAUGUCACUGAAACAAGAGGAUUUCCAGAACUUUCAAGAAGACACAACACCCAAAAACCUAGGAAAUGGCUUUCAAGGAGUCACCAUGCAAGGAGAGAUCCCCCGACCCUCCAAAGCCCUCAUCUGCUCCCUCUCAGCACUCUGCAAUGGACUUCUCUUCAUCAUCAUCAUCCUCAUCAUCACCAUCACACGUCACGGGGUGAAUCAGACUGAACACAACCUGGAGGAGAAGCUGAGGAACCUGAGUACUGAAAUGGACUCCAGAUUGAGCCAAUUAUACGAGGACGAUUCCCAGAUGAUGGAGAAACUGACAACCAUUGAAAGCUUCAUGAAGGACUUCAGAAGUGCCAGAGUGAUAACUAAAGUGUCAGAGAGUGCAUUAAUGAUGAAGCGUUAUACAUCCCCUGAAGUAUUAGGAUCGUUUUCCAGCGACAAUCAGAGGAUUUUGUCAGCUGUGGGCAAAAUGAAAUCCAAGAUGCAGAAAAAAAAUGGCACAGUGGACCCGUUGUGCGGUGAAGACUGGAUACAUUAUGGCUUCAGCUGUUAUUUCAUGUCAUGGAAUGUACGUUCCUGGGAGAACGCCAAGACAUACUGUGAGAAUAGGAAGGCGCACCUGGUGGUCAUCAAUGGCGAAGACGAGAUGAACUUUCUAGGUAACAUUUCACAGAUAUCAGGAUGGUGGAUCGGUCUCAGGCCUUUCGAUGGAACCUGGACAUGGGUGGAUGAAACACCUUAUGAGACGACUCCAAAGUUCUGGAAGGAAGGAGAGCUCUCCGAUGUGUACGGUAGCCAAGUAUACGGAUGGGAUUAUUGUGCCCAGCAUGGAGAUGGAGGUCAAUGGGAGAGCCGUAUAUGUUCCUGGGCCAGUCCAUUCUUUUGUGAGAAGAAGAUAUCAUAAGCCCAGAAAUACCCCUCCCCCCCCCGUGGUCCCUCCUCUGCCCUGCUUCAGUGAUCUGGAAUCCACUAACACAUAGACCUGACCUCCGCAACACAUUCUGGGACUUGGACAAGAUCUACAGAGGAAAAGGACAACUUCCACAAUCUUCAUUGUAAGAAAGACAUGAACUCCAACCAAUCAAAAAAAAGAAAAACACAUUGUGUGCGUAGUGGGCGGAGCUCUACUGUUUUCUUUGUUGCAAGGUAUAACUUGCACUUGUUUGUAGACAUGGGUGUUGCCAAGUCCAGAAAAAGAGAGAAUAUACUAGAAACUGUGCUGGGCUGGGUUAGUAGGCUCCUCGGGGGCGGGGAAUGUUUUCAGUGCCUCCUCCAUUAUGUCAGUAUGUUGUGCCUAGAUAGCCUAACUCAAUAAACUCAGCAAACUGUG